AUGACUACCGACCACAAAGAUGCUCUUCAUAUUCAGGGUCGCAACGUAGCGGACUGCGACGGCACGGCGUGCGGGGAGGAGGCGUGCGGCGGCGCGUGCGUGGUGGAGGGCGGGCGAGCGCGCUGCGCCUGCGCCGCGGGGCCGCGCUGCCGCCGCUACGCGCCCUGCAGCCGCGUCUGCCGCCCGCCCGGGGGCCGCUGUCGCCGGGACAGCUGUGUCUGCGCGGCUGGCUACGCUGGACUCUUCUGCGAUACCAAAAUCAACGUAACAAUUCCUCAGUUUGAUGGCACAUCGCUGGUGUCUUUGGGUCGUCGCGCCGCAUCGACUCACACAAACCAUCAACGUGUAGCGCCAUCCCUAGCUAAGCCCAACUAUAUGACUCUCAACUUCACUACGCCUGAACCCAACGGACUAUUAAUGUGGAUUCUUAUGGAUGCCGAUUACAUUGGCUUGGGACUGGAGAACGGGUACCUGCGCCUCGUCUGGUCCUUCCAUCGCAACAACGACGUGACAAGAACAGAACCGUCUAGAACUUUAGCGAGACUGCUCCCUCAUGCCGGCUUCCUAACUGAUGCUGAAUGGCAUACGCUAGAGUUGAAGAUGGACUCGCAAAAUAUAACGCUCACAGUCGACAGGACAUUGGUGUAUGCUGAAGAACCUGGCUUAGUACAGGGAACUGAUUAUGAGGAAAUCGACGUGUUUAUUGGCGGUAUAACAGAACAGGAGCAUGCUAUAGCCAAGAAAAUAUUCCCUUACAACUUCAAAGGGUGUAUCGACCACAUAUCUACGAGGGAGAAAUCAUACGUAACCAACUACACGGAACUUUACAGUGAAAACGUGAAAUCUUGCCAACUGUUCCCCCCAACCUAAACACUCCAUAUUGCAUUGAAGACAAUCGGUAAGUGUGGCAAUACUCAUAGUACAAACUUUCUAGUCUUCUCAUAGGACCAAAAAUGUGUCUUAUUUUAACAGUGGCAUUUAAUAUGUUCAUCCUAAAUUAAUUAUUAUAUUAAAUAAAAAGAAUUACUUAAUCAAACAUCUUUAUUUAUAAAAAUAGUAUGUAGUAUAGAAUAUAAGUAUCUUAAAUAAUGUGGUGUUUUGUAUGGAUGUAGAAAAAAAAAUUAAACCUUCAAUGUACACAAAAUAUAGUUUUAUUGAUAUAUUCAUGUUUAAUAAAUUGUAUACAUAACAUCAUCAAAUAUUAUAUUAAAACAUAUACAUUUUUCGUUAUACGUUACAUACUCAAACACAAAUACAAUAUGAGAUGUUAUCCCCGUUAAACAUAUAUCUCAUUAAUUUAAAACGUUUAGUUCUCAACACAAUGCAGUAAUUUCAAUUGGCAUACAUGUUCAGCAUCUAAACAUGCCCCUUACACGAA